AUGUCAGCCGAGAACGACGGCGUGCCAGCGCCUGAUCAGCAGGAGGCACCUGCCAACAGCGAGCACCUGAACAUCAAGGUGACGGACAACAACAAUGAAGUCUUUUUCAAGAUCAAGCGGAGCACGAAGCUUGAGAAGCUCAUGAACGCGUUCUGUGAGCGACAAGGCAAGAGCAUCACCUCCGUCCGCUUUCUCUUCGACGGCACUCGGGUGCAGCCAACAGACACGCCCGACGCGCUCGAGAUGACAGAUGGAGAUACGCUCGAGGUGCAUCAGGAGCAGGUCGGCGGCUGCGCUGCGCUUGCAUAG